GAGGACAGUGUGGUGCUGGCGCUCUACGACUACGAGGCAAUGCACGCUGGGGACCUGAGCUUCCAGAAAGGGGAGCGGCUGAAGGUGCUGAAGGAGUCAGGGGAGUGGUGGCAAGCGCGGUCACUGGCAACGGGGUGCGAAGGCUUCAUCCCCAGCAACUACGUUGCCCCAGCCGACUCGCUGGAGACAGAGGAGUGGUUUUUCAAGGGCAUCAGCCGGAAGGAUGCGGAGCGGCAGCUCCUUGGCCCCGGGAACGUGAUCGGGUCCUUCAUGAUACGGGACAGCGAGACGACAAAAGGCUGCUACUCACUGUCGGUGCGGGACGGGGACGACCUGCAGGGCGGCACGGUGAAGCAUUACAAGAUCCGGACACUGGAUAGUGGCGGCUUCUACAUCUCCCCGCGCAGCAGCUUUGAUACGCUGCAGGAGCUGGUCCAGUACUACAAGGGGCAGAGCGAUGGGCUGUGCCAGAAGCUCACCUACCCCUGCUGCGUGCCCAAACCACAGAAGCCCUGGGAGAAGGAUGCCUGGGAGAUCCCUCGGGAGUCGCUGAGGCUGGAGAGGAAGCUGGGAGCCGGGCAGUUCGGAGAAGUGUGGAUGGCUACCUAUAACAAGCACACCAAGGUGGCGGUGAAGACGAUGAAGCCAGGCAGCAUGUCCGUGGAUGCCUUCUUGGAGGAGGCGAACCUGAUGAAGAUGCUGCAGCACGACAAGCUGGUGAAGCUGCAUGCGGUCGUCACCAAGGAGGAGCCCAUCUACAUCAUCACCGAGUUCAUGGAGAAAGGGAGCUUGCUGGAUUUCCUGAAGAGCGACGAGGGGAGAAAGCAGCCGCUCCCGAAGCUGAUCGACUUCUCUGCCCAGAUUGCGGAAGGAAUGGCUUUUAUUGAGAAGAGGAACUACAUCCACAGAGACCUGAGAGCUGCCAAUAUUCUGGUGUCGGCAAUACUGGUGUGCAAGAUUGCAGACUUUGGGCUGGCCAGAGUCAUUGAAGACAAUGAGUACAUGGCCCGGGAAGGCGCCAAGUUUCCCAUUAAAUGGACUGCACCAGAAGCCAUCAACUACGGAUCUUUCACUAUAAAAUCAGAUGUCUGGUCCUUUGGGAUCCUCCUGACCGAGAUCAUUACCUACGGACGCAUCCCAUACCCAGGGAUGUCGAGCGUGGAGGUGAUCAGGGUGCUGGAACACGGGUACCGGAUGCCCCGCACAGAGAACUGCCCUGAGGAGCUGUAUGACAUCAUGAUGAGGUGCUGGCAGACCAAACCAGAGGAUCGUCCCACCUUCGAGUACACGCAGAGCAUUUUGGAGGAUUUCUUUACUGCAACAGAGAGCCAGUAUCAGCAGCAGCCGUAA